UUCCAUUUUCGCUUGUGUGUGGUUAGGCGUCAGCUAUCCAUCGCUGCUGGAAAAUAAACUAGCGACGGAUUUACCGUUUCCUUAAAAACCCAUCUUGUGGAGAAUACCGCUAUAAUGGGUGUUUUUCACGGAAAUGGACUUUGUAGCAGUUUAAGUGUGCGCAGAUUCUGAUUAGAAAAAAAACACAUCCUGACGCCUGAAGCUAACGUUAGUUCUCGCCACUGGCCGGUGGUGUCGUAUUGGUGAAAGUCUCCAAACGAGGGAUACGCAAGCAGUCUUACUAGGAGACAGCCCUAAAGUGCAAACAUGUCUGGUGCAUCUGUAAAAGUUGCUGUUCGAGUUCGACCAUUCAACACCAGGGAGACGAGCAAGGAGUCAAAAUGUAUCAUUCAGAUGCAAGGCAACACUACAACUAUCCUCAACCCCAAAGCCCCAAAGGAACCAGCAAAAACCUUCAGUUUUGAUUAUUCCUACUGGUCGCACACCACACCAGAAGACCCAUGCUUUGCCUCACAGAAUCAGGUGUACAAUGACAUCGGCAAGGAAAUGCUGGCGCAUGCUUUUGAAGGUUAUAAUGUCUGCAUCUUUGCUUAUGGCCAGACUGGAGCUGGCAAAUCUUAUACUAUGAUGGGCAAGCAGGAGGAGGGACAGGAAGGAAUCAUUCCCAUGCUCUGUGAAGAUCUAUUUGAGAAAAUCAAUGAAGACAGCAACAAAGAGGAGCUCUCCUACUCAGUAGAGGUUAGUUACAUGGAGAUCUACUGUGAGCGAGUACGAGAUUUGCUCAAUCCCAAGAACAAAGGCAACCUGCGAGUGCGAGAGCAUCCGCUGCUGGGUCCUUACGUAGAGGAUCUGUCUAAGCUAGCUGUCACUUCCUACACAGACAUCGCUGACUUAAUGGAUGCAGGCAACAAGGCCAGAACUGUGGCUGCCACCAACAUGAACGAGACCAGCAGCAGGUCCCAUGCAGUUUUCACCAUCGUCUUCACGCAAAAGAAACAUGACAGUGAGACAGACCUCUCCACAGAAAAGGUCAGUAAAAUCAGUCUGGUAGACUUGGCAGGAAGUGAACGUGCAGAUUCCACUGGAGCUAAAGGAACCAGGCUAAAGGAGGGAGCAAACAUCAACAAAUCUCUCACCACGUUAGGAAAAGUUAUCUCUGCCUUGGCUGAAGUGGAUAACUGUACCAGCAAGAGCAAGAAGAAGAAGAAGACCGAUUUCAUCCCGUACAGAGACUCUGUUCUGACCUGGCUGCUUAGGGAAAACCUUGGUGGAAACUCCAGAACAGCUAUGGUUGCAGCCCUCAGUCCUGCAGAUAUCAACUACGAUGAAACCCUCAGCACGCUGCGCUAUGCUGACCGAGCUAAGAACAUCAAGUGCAAUGCUGUCAUCAAUGAGGAUCCCAACAAUAAGCUGGUGCGUGAUCUGAAGGAUGAGGUGGCUCGACUGAAGGAACUGCUCCGUGCUCAGGGCCUGGGAGACAUCCUGGACAUUGAUCCUAUGGGGGAUGAUUGCCCAGGAAGUGGAAUCAAAUCCCCUAUUGGUUCCCUGACAGCCUCUCCAUCCUCUGGCGCUCUGUGCAGCCAGGGAGGCCUGCAGUCAGUCACUAGCAUCCAGGAGCGCAUCAUGUCCACACCUGGAGGAGAGGAGGCCAUUGAAAGACUCAAGGAAUCAGAAAAGAUCAUUGCAGAGCUUAAUGAAACCUGGGAGGAGAAGCUGCGGAAGACAGAAGCGAUCCGCAUGGAGAGGGAGGCUCUGCUUGCGGAGAUGGGUGUAGCAAUCCGUGAAGAUGGCGGCACUUUGGGUGUGUUCUCUCCUAAAAAGACUCCACAUUUGGUCAACCUGAAUGAGGACCCUCUUAUGUCUGAGUGUCUGCUCUACUACAUCAAAGAUGGUAUUACAAGGGUGGGUCAGGCUGAUGCUGAGAGAAGGCAGGACAUUGUUUUAAGUGGAGCGCACAUCAAGGAGGAACACUGCAUCUUCCGCAGCGAAAGAAAUGCAAAUGGAGAUGUCAUCGUCCUCCUGGUGCCUUGCGAGGCAUCGGAAACCUACGUCAACGGCAAACGUGUUGAGGAUGCCAUCCAGCUUCGUUCAGGCAACCGUAUUAUAAUGGGAAAGAACCACGUGUUCAGGUUCAACCACCCAGAGCAGGCCAGAGCUGAAAGAGAGAAGACCCCGUCUGCAGAAACCCCUGUAGAGCCUGUGGAUUGGACGUUCGCUCAGAGAGAGCUGCUGGAGAAACAAGGCAUUGACAUGAAACAGGAAAUGGAGAAAAGGCUUACCGAGAUGGAAAUCUUGUACAAAAAGGAGAAGGAAGAAGCAGACCAGCUUUUGGAGCAGCAGCGACUGGUUUAUGAGAGCAAACUGCAGGAACUUCAGAAACAAGUGGAAACCCGCUCUCUGGUUGCAGAGACACCUGAUGAGGAGGAGCUAGAGGAAGAGGAGGAGGAGGAAGUGCCGUGGACUCAGCAUGAGUUUGAGCUGGCUCAGUGGGCCUUCAGGAAGUGGAGGUACCAUCAGUUCACCUCCCUGCGUGACCAGCUGUGGGGGAACGCCGUCUACCUGAAGGAGGCCAACGCCAUUAGUGUGGAGCUAAAGAAGAAAGUGCAGUUUCAGUUCGUCCUGCUGACAGACACACUGUACUCUCCGCUGCCUCCUGAGCUCCUGUCACCAGAGCCGGAGAAGGAGCGUGACACCAGGCCUUUCCCUCGCACCGUGGUGGCCGUCGAGGUUCAGGACCUGAAGAACGGAGCUACACACUACUGGUCCCUUGAAAAACUCAAGCAGAGGCUGGAGCAGAUGAGAGAGAUGUACGACCGUGCAGGAGAAAUGGCAUCCACUCACCAGGAGGAUGGCGAGGGCACUCUGACAGGAAAUGACCCCUUUUACGACCGUUUCCACUGGUUUAAGCUUGUGGGGAGCUCCCCCAUCUUCCAAGGCUGCGUCAACGAGCACCUGGCUGACCGCACGCCCUCGCCCACCUUCUCCACCACCGACUCUGAGAUAACAGAGUUGGCGGAUGAGCGCCAGAGCGAGAUGUCAGACUUUAUAGACGAUGAGGCAUUUGUGGAUGACACCAGCUCGGACGCUGGCACCGAGGAGGGCUCGGACAUCUUCAGUGACGGCCAAGACCCCUUCUAUGACCGCUCCCCCUGGUUCAUCCUGGUGGGAAGAGCUUUUGUGUACCUGAGUAACCUGCUGUACCCUGUACCACUGGUUCAUCGUGUUGCCAUAGUAACAGAGAAGGGCGAGGUGCGAGGUUUCCUGCGCGUGGGGGUCCAGGCUAUCGCUGCUGACGAAGAGGCUCCAGACUACGGGUCAGGAGUAAGACAGUCAGGGACCGCCAAGAUUUCCUUUGAUGAUGAGUACUUCAAAAAGAAUGAUUUCUCCUCCACGGUAAUGACCCGGUCUGGUUUGUCCCUGGAAGAGCUGCGCAUUGUAGAGGGGCAGGGUCAGAGUUCAGAGGUCAUCACACCCUCAGAAGAGCUCAACAGAAUCAACGAAAUGGACCUCAAACUGGGUAAUCUUGCAGACACCAAGCUGAGUCAUGGUGAGGGUCUGGCAGACCAGCUGGAGGUGGGCAGUAUCUUUACCUUCCGUGUUACCGUUCUCCAGGCCAGCGGCAUCACUCCAGAGUAUGCUGACAUCUUCUGUCAGUUCAAUUUCCUUCAUCGUCACGAUGAGGCAUUUUCCACCGAGCCUCUGAAGAAUGCUGGGAAAGGAGCCCCUCUGGGCUUUUACCAUGUCCAGAAUAUUUCAGUGGAGGUCACAGAAUCUUUUAUUGAGUACAUAAAGAGCAAACCAAUCGUGUUUGAGGUGUUUGGCCACUACCAGCAGCAUCCCCUCCAUCUUCAUGGUCAGGACCUGAUCAGUCCUCCAACAACAUCAAGGAAAUACUAUCCUAUUCCCAUGCCUCUGUCUAAGCCAGUUCCAGCCACCAAGUUAAACACCAUCACCAAGUCCAACCUGGGUCAGUGUGUCAGCAAGUACGACCUCCUGGUUUGGUUUGAAAUCAGCGAGCUGGAACCCACUGGAGAGUACAUCCCAGCUAUAGUGGAUCACAGUGGAGGACUGCCCUGUCAUGGCACAUACCUGCUGCACCAGGGGAUCCAGCGAAGGAUCACAGUGACUCUCAUACAUGAGAAGGGCAGCGAGCUUCACUGGAAGGACGUUCGCGAGCUGGUUGUGGGUCGUAUCAGAAAUAAGGCUGAAGUGGACGAUAGUGCAGCUGAUGCUGUCCUGUCUCUUAACAUAAUAUCUGCCAAGAAUAUCAAGUCGUCCCAUAACACUAACAGAACUUUCUAUCGCUUUGAGGCAGUAUGGGACAGCUCCCUGCACAACUCCCUCCUCCUAAACCGAGUAACUCCUUAUGGAGAGAAGAUCUACAUGACCCUGUCUGCAUAUCUUGAGCUGGACCAUUGCAUCCAGCCUGCCAUUAUUACUAAAGAUAUCUGCAUGGUGUUCUACUCCCGAGACGCAAAGAUUUCCCCUCCACGUUCUCUCAGGAACCUCUUUGGGAGUGGUUACUCCAAAACUCCUGACUGCAACCGGGUAACUGGAAUCUAUGAGCUGAGUUUGUGCAAGAUGUCCGACACUGGAAGCCCAGGGAUGCAGCGGAGGAGGAGGAAGGUUCUGGAUACAUCAGUGGCUUAUGUGCGUGGAGAGGAGAAUCUGGCCGGCUGGAGGCCCAGAGGUGACAGCCUCAUCCUGGAGCACCAAUGGGAGCUGGAGAAAAUGGAGCAGCUGCAUGAGGUGGAGAAGACCCGUCACCUCCUCUUGCUGAGGGAGAAGCUAGGAGAGGCGGCUCCAGUGGGAUCAGUUCCUACCACCAAGUCCCUGAGCGAGUCUCUGUCUCCCAGCAUGAGCUCUGGUACUCUCUCCACUUCCACCUCCAUCUCCUCUCAGAUCUCCAGCACCACUUUUGAAAGUGCCAUCACACCCAGCGAGAGCAGCGGCUACGACUCCGCUGACAUUGAGAGCCUGGUGGAUCGUGAGAAGGAGCUGGCCACUAAGUGCCUGCAGCUCCUGACACAUACCUUCAACAGUGAAUAUAACCAGGUGGUCAACAGCAUCAGUGACUGCAAGCUGUCUGACAUCUCGCCCAUCGGGCGUGACCCAUCAGUGACCAGCUUCAGCAGCGCCACCCUCACCCCCUCCUCCACCUGCCCCUCUCUGUCUGACUCCCGCUGUGGUUCCUUAGACCAGAAGACCCCAGAGAACUGCUCUCGUGCCUCUAGUCCCUCCUGCUCGGACUAUGAGAACUUCCCAAUGGUUCCCACUCUGGAAACGUCCUACCUUGCACGAGCUGGAAAGAACGAGUUCCUUAACUUGGUGCCUGAUAUUGAAGAAAUGAGGCCGGGGUCUGUUGUGUCCAAGAAAGGUUUCUUAAGCUUCAUGGAGCCACGCUCUAAUUCAUGGGUGAAGCACUUUGUGGUUGUUCGUCGGCCUUAUGUCUUCAUCUACAACAGCGACAAGGACCCUGUGGAGCGAGGUGUCCUCAACCUCUCCACGGCACAGGUGGAAUACAGCGAAGACCAGCAGGCCAUGCUGAAGACUCCCAACACGUUUGCUGUGUGCACGAAACAUCGAGGAAUUCUCCUUCAGGCCAACAACGAGAAAGACAUGAACGACUGGCUGUAUGCUUUUAAUCCUCUGCUUGCAGGGACGAUAAGAUCUAAGCUGGCGAGGAGGCGCAGCGGCCUGACGAAGAACUGAGUGGAGAAAGCUACGGCUCCCACUCUUUCUGAACAGCCUUUGAACAUACAAAGUGUGAACACUUGCUAAUCAUUGUGAUUCUUGGCAGUUUUCUCUUGUACGUAGACUGUGGCUUAAGUCUUUUUUCAUUCGACUAAAAAUUUCGUUUCCAGAGAAAUUUGCCUCCCCAUUCCCUCCACCGACCCUCUGCCAACUUAGCUUCCCUUCUCUUCCACCCCUCAGCUUUUUGUGUUUCUAUUUUUACGACAAUGUUUGGGUCUAAUUUCGUUUCGCUCCAUUGUCAUUCCUGAACUCCCUAACUAGUAGCAUGUUGUAGUAGUCUACUUGUGUGUGCACGGCUCUUCAAAAACUAAUUUUAAGUUUGCCAAUCAUCUGUAAAAAAAAAAAAAAAAAAGAAGUCUUCAUCAGUGUUAUUUGUCUCCCAAAACAAGUUUUAUUUAAUUUUUUCCUUCCAUGUUUUUGAUAUUGAGCUCGCAUGAUAACUGCAGCAUUGAAGACCGGGUUUGCUCUCUAAAAGAAAAACAUGAAGCAAAUCAGGAAACCUACAGUUAAAAAUUACGAAGGGAACAUCAACAAAUAAGUCCAAAUGUUGUUCUAGGUACUUCUCCGCUACAUGAACUAUUGCUGCUAAAAAAAUUCAUUGUUCCUUUUUUUAAAUCUUAAAAGAAAUUUGCAUCAGGCUGCUGCAUCGUUUCAAAGCAGCUCCCCUGAACUGUCUUUAAAACGUUCAAAUCUAAAGUUUGACAAAAAUCCUGUCGUGCUCAGUGAGACAAGAUGGCAGCACUGGAUCUCCACUGUCAUCGCUGCGAUGUUUAGACUCCCUCCCACUCCUCAGCCUCUGUACAUACACCAACUUAAACCCCUGAUAGUGCCAGUGUCAGUCAGUGCUUUUGUGUCAACAUAAAAAAACAAACUGUGCUAACUGGAUAAAACAAGCAAAAACCUAUGAUUUUGUAUCUCUGCAGUGGAAACACAAGGAAGGGUUGUUCCUGCAGGAGUAAAUAUGUGUCCUUUUGCUAUUUCAUCUUAAGAAAAAAACAGGGUGUUAAGAAGAUGAGGAGGAGGAAUGAAUUACUCUGCUAAAUAAACCCCAUUCUGGGAUCAGUGUGAUAGCUCCCAUUUAAGGUAUUCCUCUUAGCUCUACUAGCUUACUCUAACAUGCUGAGCCUCAGAAAUGUGUUAUUGCACCAUCACAUGGAUGUGAUAUUCUAAACGUAACAUGGUGAGAAAAGAAGAAAAGGAUGAAGUAUUUUAGCCUCGACACCAGUAGUGAGCUGAUAAAGCUGCUCAACUUGCAGGACAGAUGAGGACAUGACCCCCUCGCUGCAUCACCAGCGUUAGGUAAAACCUCUAAAGCAAAGUGUGCUUACAGUUCAGCAGCAUCACAUGUUACUACUUCUUCAUUUUCUAUUUGUGUUCCUGAAUUGAAUCACCUUCAUUUUCCUUUUUUUUUAAAAUUUUUUUUAAAGUAACAUUUUUUCUUGUAUACUUUUAAUCAUUCUACUGUGAUGUUUUUUUUUCUUUUUUUAAUGAAAAAUAACAGGGCUUUUUUUUUGUAACCAGCAUCUAUUGGUGUUUCAACUUGUUUUGCACAUUAACUCAUAUCUAUAGCAAGAUGAAGGCAGAUCAGACGGGAUUAUGUCCGAGCAUCAGGAACAAUGAUACGAGCACCUAUCGAGGCAUCACUGGUUGAUAGCUGUUACUCAAAGGGUUAACUAAAAAGAUAUAUUAAAGGGAUGACAUAUUGAAAAGCUUUUAUUUCUGGUAUUGAUUAUAGAAAAUAUUUGCUCUGCACAUCAUGUUUCAGCUGCUACAUUUGGCUGCAGGUUAAUUUGUGGCGCCUUUGUUUUAGACAUGCUUAGAGUUGUGUUAGAAGCACAGAUGGGCAUUUUUUUAAAACUCUGGCCUACCAACCAGUAGUGUUCCCACUGUGUUUCUUUGAAAAGGACAUGAGGGUGAAACAGAGGUGCCUGUUGAAAGUAUUUAUGUAAUUGUUGAUUAAAAAAAAGGUCUUGGAUGCAAUAUGAGAUAUGCAGAAAAUCACUGCCCUCAGGUCAGCCAACCUGCUGGUCACAGACACAAAAACCUGCUAGAUUCUUGUUUUCUGAGUAAACUUUUGUCAAGAAAAUAACAAAAAAGAUCAUAUUAACAAAGCAUCUAUGCACUUAUUAAGGCUCAAAGUGCAGCAUACCUCACAUGGACCUCAACAGGAAGAUAUACAUAUUUAUAUGAAGACAUGUCAGAGCAAACAUUUUCACUUGAGUGGCUGAUUUCUAGACAUAUAUUAUUUUGGAUUCUGUAUUUAUUAUUUUCAAUGUAUAUAUUAGUUUGCAGCUUUUGCACAUAAUAAAAUGUUCAACUAACUAAUCAAAUAAAGUCUGUGCGGUUUAGUUGUUCUGCUCAUGUGAACCAAAUGAAGGUGUGGCAGCCUCCUCUGGUCUGAACUGGGAGAGAGUUGAAUGUACGAUUUAAAAUGUGUUUUUUCCCCAUCAUUAAAAAAAAUGUUAAAAAAAAAGGGAAAAGAGACCUAAAAUGUAACCCGCUGCACCUUUUCAGGAGAAGAUGAGUUACAUUAGUGCUUCCUCUUUAUCAGAAAGUGGUAUGAGUGAUUUUAGGUCUGCGUUCGUAUUGAAGAAUAUUGACUCAUUGCUCAUGCUGGCCAGCUGUCUGAAAUUUAACAAAACAUUGGAUUUUAUCUAAUGUUAUUUUUUUUCUAAUAUCAGGGAAUCUAAUAAAGUAGCUAGCGAUAAUUAAAAUGACAGGACACUAUUUAUGUGGCGGUGUCCUUCACCUCAAUGUUUUUGAGUUUUUUGGGUUUUUGUUUUUUUCCAUCGAUGCCUUUCAAAGCAAACUAAUGAUUUUUUUUCCAUCUUCCCUUCUGACAAUUAAUAGUAGUCACCUGCGUUCGUUCCCUUUCAGAUUAAUUCAUUCAUUAAAAGAAUAAAAGGACAAACCGUGACAUUAACGCUGUACAUUAUUUGUCAGACUGGUUUCAUUUUCAUACUUAUUUUGUAAAUAUCUGUGUUGUAUGGAGCUCGAACUAAAAUGUAAAUAUGUUUACUGUAUUUGUAAUAACUAUAAUCCAUUCGCUGUAUAGCAUAGAUGUGUCAUGCAGAUAUCCUAAUUCUGUGUAUGGUAAUCUUGCACCAUUGAACUGUUUAGUGAAUGAGGCAACAAUAAAAGUGCAAACUGUGCAUUAGCAGA